UGGCGGCUCUCCCCGCCCCCCUCCCAAGUCGGGCGGCUCACGUGAGCGCUCACGUGCCCGGCGGGGGAGGAGGGUUGUUUCCGGAAGUGCUCGGCGCGGGCAGAGCCGGGUUUCGGGCGCUGCGGAGCGGGGCUCCGGCCGGGCUGGUGCGGGCUGCGGGGAUGGAGAUCAUCAGGAGUAAUUUUAAGGAUAACCUAAAUAAAGUGUAUGAAGCCAUCGAGGAAGCAGACUUUUUGGCUAUUGAUGGCGAAUUUUCAGGAGGGCCAUCUGUUAGCACAUUAACCAAUGGCUUUGACACACCAGAAGAAAGGUAUCAAAAACUUAAAAAGCAUUCCAUGGAUUUCUUGCUUUUUCAGUUUGGCCUUUGUAGUUUUAAAUAUGACCACACAGAAGCUAAAUACAUAAUGAAAUCAUUUAACUUUCUAUAUUUUUUCCCAAAACCCUUCAACAGAAGUUCACCAGAUGUCAAGUUUGUCUGUCAGAGUUCCAGUAUAGACUUUUUAGACCAAGGAUUUGAUUUUAAUAAAGUUUUUCGCAAUGGAAUCCCAUAUUUAAAUCAGGACGAGGAAAGACAAUUACGUGAGCAGUAUGAUGAAAAACGUUCUCAGGCAAAUGGUGCAGCGACCCUAUCGUACAUUUCCCCUAAUGCCACAAAGUGUCCUGUGACUAUUCCUGAAGAUCAGAAAAAAUUCAUUGAAAGAGUGGUGGAGCAAAUAGAAGAUUUAAUACAAAAUGAAGAAAACAAGAAUUUGCAGUUGGAGCCAUGCAACAGCUUUCAGAGGAAACUAAUUUAUCAGACUUUGAGCUGGAAGUAUCCAUGUGAAACUCUGGAGACAGAGAAGAAGGAAAGAUACAUUGUCAUUAGCAAGGUAGAUGAAGAAGAGCGCAAAAGAAGAGAACAGCAGAAACAAGCAAAAGAACAGGAAGAACUCAGUGAUGCAGUGGGAUUUUCCAGAGUUAUUCAUGCCAUUGCUAAUUCUGGCAAACUUGUUGUUGGACACAACAUGUUACUGGAUGUCAUGCACACUAUCCACCAAUUUUACUGUCCCCUACCUGAAGACCUAAGUGAGUUUAAGGAGUUAGCGGCAUGUGUCUUUCCCAGACUAUUGGAUACUAAACUGAUGGCAAGUACACAACCUUUUAAGGAAAUUAUUAACAACACAUCCCUUGCAGAACUGGAAAAGCGUUUAAAAGAGAUUCCAUUCAACCCUCCUGAAGUUGAAAGUGCAGAAGGGUUUCCAAGUUAUGACACAGCUUCUGAACAACUUCAUGAAGCAGGCUAUGAUGCUUACAUAACAGGACUGUGUUUCAUCUCCAUGGCUAACUACCUAGGUUCAUUUCUCAGUCCUCCGAAAAAUCAUGUAUCUGCUAGAUCAAAACUCAUUGAACCCUUUUUUAACAAGUUAUUUCUUAUGAGGGUAAUGGACAUACCAUAUCUUAAUUUGGAAGGACCAGACUUGCAGCCAAAACGAGACCAUGUUCUUCAUGUUACAUUUCCCAAAGAGUGGAAGACUAGUGAUCUUUACCAGCUUUUCAGUGCCUUUGGUAAUAUUCAGGUAUCUUGGAUUGAUGAUACAUCAGCAUUUGUGUCACUUAGCCAGCCAGAACAAGUACAAAUAGCUGUAAAUACCAGCAGGUAUGCUGAAAGUUAUAGGAUCCAGACCUAUGCAGAAUAUGUUGAGAAAAAACAUGAAGAGAAACAGGCAAAAAGAAAGUGGACAGAAGAUAGUUGGAAGGAGAUGGAGAGAAAGCGGUUAAAAACGCAAUACACACCAUACAUUCCCCAGAGUCGGUACUACUGUGGUAACAGUUUUACAGCUACCAGCACAAUGGGAAAAAGAAGUAUGAGUCCUAUUCAAGAGGAAACUGGCUCUGAUGAUAUGGAAGAGAGAGAAAUCCAAGAAACAGAGCUUGAUGAAACAGAUUGCUAUGCAGAAUCUGUUCCAGAGGGAAGGAAGAGAGCCAAAAAGUUCAAAAAAGUCAAGAAAGAGCAAGAUCCAACAGGAAGCAUCACAAGUGGUUCCACAGCACUCUUUGAAGUUCCUGACACAUGGUAGCCAACAUCUGUAUUAAUAAAAAGUGAAGCUGAUUCAAAGCAAUUGCAAGAGUAUACCACUUGGAAGCCAUACUUUAUUUAAAUAAAAAGUGGUGUUGAAAAAUAAGUAUGUCUCCUGAAAAUCAGUUUAAUUUUUUUAAACUGUCUACUGAACAAUCACUGUCAGUUUUACUCGUGUAUUAACUAGUUUACAAUUCUGUCUGUUGAUCAUGUGAAAUCUUUGCUGUCGUAAACAAUGCUAGAUUUAAGAAGCAAGACUAAACGUGUUUUGGUCACCUGUUAUGGCAUGUUAGCUAUGAAAUGUACAAAAAGAAUCAGCACUAUUAAGAAUUUUGUUAGGCUGUUUCCUGUGCUUGAGGGGAGUUAUCACACAAGUCUUCUCAUCUUCAGAUGUUCAGGCAAUAUCAGUAGUCCUGAACAGAUAAACCUCAGUAUCGGUUACUGCUUUCUACCAGUUACCCUGGAAACCUUACAGUGUUGUCCUUUUUCCUCAGUAGGAAGACUUCAGCCAGUAUCUGUCUGGAAACUAAUCCUACACAUAUACUAUCCUUUUGUCCUCUUGGAAAAAUUUAACUUGUACUUUCCUUUAAAAAAAAAAAAAAGAAGAAGAAGAAGAAAGAAAUCAAUGUUGGGAGGAGGUGGGUUUUCUUUUCUGUUUUCACUCGAGUCUUGAUCUGGUUUUCCAUGGUUUGUGUUUUUUGUAAAAAUGUUUUUGAAACCUGUGACAAACCUGCAAACUGUACCAGCCCUUUAUUCAUUUGCAAAAAAUCUGCUUUGGUAGAUUUCAGAAACUUUGAUAUUUAACAUUUUUGUAUCAUGGAAAUAAAAAUGAAAAAUGUAUUUCCAUAAAAUGAAAAUAAAAGACAUUUUCUUAGGA